AUGGAAGGUGACGAUUAUCAAGGGAACUCAAAAAACAUAUUAGACUCCAAAUUAUUGGGUAACAAAAAAUAUGAUGAAAAUAGCAUUAAACAUAACAAACAUUCUUUAAUAUUGAGUAAACAAUUUUAUGGUAUCAUAAGUGGAAUAACUGUGGGUAUUUUAGGAGUUCAAGGGAUAUUGGGUUUUUUACUUUUUAUAUUAUUUACAUUGAUAGGAACAUGUAUAACUUUUUUUCAUAUAAGAAAAAAUUUUGGUUCUUAUUUUUUGAAAAAGUCUGACCUUUUUUUUGGAGAUUUCUUUAGUGGAUUAAUAUCUUUUAUUUUGUUCUGGACCCUAUCGUAUGAUAUAAUAUAUAUAUUUUAA